AUGUCUCACCUCCCCUCCGAGCCCGAAUUCGAGCAGGCCUACAAGGAACUGGCCAGCACCCUCGAGGACAGCAGCCUCUUCAAGGAGCACCCCGAGUACCGCACCGCCCUGGCCGUCGCCUCCAUCCCCGAGCGAGUCCUGCAGUUCCGCGUCGUCUGGGAGGACGACAAGGGCCAGCUGCGCGUCAACCGCGGGUACCGCGUGCAGUUUAACUCUGCGCUGGGCCCGUACAAGGGCGGUCUCCGGUUCCAUCCUACCGUCAACCUGUCCAUUCUCAAGUUCUUGGGCUUUGAGCAGAUCUUUAAGAAUGCCCUGACAGGCCUCAGCAUGGGCGGCGGCAAGGGCGGUUCCGACUUCGACCCCAAGGGCAAGUCGGACAACGAGAUCCGGCGCUUCUGCCAGGCCUUUAUGCGCGAGCUGUCGCGCCACAUCGGCGCCGACACGGACGUGCCCGCCGGCGACAUUGGCGUGUCGGGCCGCGAGAUCGGAUACAUGUUCGGCGCGUACCGGCAGGCGCGGAACAAGUUUGAGGGCGUCCUCACGGGCAAGGGGCUGAGCUGGGCCGGCAGCCUGAUCCGGCCCGAGGCCACCGGCUACGGCCUCGUCUACUACGUCGAGCACAUGCUCCAGCACGCCGGCCACGGCUCCUUCGCCGGCAAGCGCGUUGCCAUCUCCGGCUCGGGCAACGUCGCCCAGUACGCGGCCCUCAAGUGCAUCGAGCUGGGCGCCACCGUCGUGUCGCUGUCCGACUCCAACGGGGCGCUGGUCGCGCCCGAGGGCUCGUCGUUCGCGCCGGAGCACAUCGCCGCCAUCGCCGCCCUCAAGGCCGAGCGCAAGCCCCUGACGGAGUUUGCCUACGGCGACCGGUUCAAGUACUUCCACGGCGCGCGGCCCUGGGUCCACGUCGGCAGGGUGGACGUUGCGCUGCCGUCGGCGACGCAGAACGAGGUCAGCCGGGCCGAGGCCGAGGCGCUCGUCGCCGGCGGCGUGCUCGUCGUCGCCGAGGGCUCCAACAUGGGCUGCACGCAGGAGGCGAUUGACCUGUUCGAGGCGCAGAGGAAGGAAAAGGGCGCUGCGGAGGCCGUCUGGUACGCGCCCGGCAAGGCGGCCAACUGCGGCGGCGUCGCCGUGUCGGGGCUGGAGAUGGCGCAGAACAGCCAGCGCCUGGCGUGGACGGAGAAGGAGGUCGACGACAAGCUCAAGGACAUCAUGAAGAACGCCUUUGACGCCGGCUUGCAGACGGCCAAGAAGUACGUGCCCAGCAAGGAGGGCGAGCUGCCGAGCCUGGUGGCGGGCAGCAACAUUGCGGGCUUUGUCAAGGUUGCGGAGGCGAUGCGCGACCAGGGCGACUGGUGGGCUUGA